GGGCAGAGCGGGAGCUUCCGGGAGCAGCGGGCCGAGACGGUUCGAGGCGGGCCGGGCUGCACUGGGUUGGGUUGAAGGAGAGGAUGAAGAAGGAGCAGGUAGCGCACUGCCAGUUUUCCGUGUGGUACCCGCUUUUCCGGGCCGUCACCAUUCGUAGUGUUGUACUUCCCCUACCAGAGAAUGUGAAAGAAUAUUUGCUGGAUGAUGGAACGCUUGUGGUUUCAGGAAGAGAUGAUCCACCAAGUCAUGCUCAGGAGAGGAGUGAUGAUGCAGAGGAAAUACAGUGGUCAGAUGAUGAGAAUACUACAACACUUAAGGCACCAGAAUUUCCUGAGUUCACAGCUAAAGUUCAAGAAGCAAUAAGUUCCUUGGGUGGCAGUGUUUUUCCUAAACUGAACUGGAGCGCUCCAAGGGAUGCCUACUGGAUAGCAAUGAACAGCUCUCUGAAGUGUAAAGCUCUCAGUGACAUCUUCCUCCUCUUCAAGAGCUCAGACUUCAUUACUCGUGACCUCACUCAGCCAUUUAUUCACUGUACUGAUGAUUCCCCUGAUCCUUCCUUGGACUAUGAGCUUGUUCUUCGUAAGUGGUGUGAACUAAUCCCCGGUGCAGAAUUCAGAUGCUUUGUCAAGGAAAACAAGCUUAUAGGUAUAUCGCAGAGGGACUACACGCAAUACUACGAUCAUAUAUCUAAGCAACAUGAGGAGAUCUGUAGAUCAAUACAGGAGUUUUUCAAGAAACACAUACAGUAUAAGUUCUUGGAUGAAGACUUUGUUUUUGAUGUAUACAGAGACAGCAGGGGUAGGAUUUGGUUAAUAGAUUUUAACCCAUUUGGUGAAGUGACAGACUCCCUCCUCUUUACAUGGGAAGAACUGACCUCUGGGAAAAACUUGAAAGGAGACCAGGGUGAAGGGGAAGCGACAGAACAGGACUACCCAGUUUUCCGUUGUACAAACAGUAAAGUUCCUGUCCAGCCUAGUCCAUACUUGAGUUACCGACUGCCGAAGGAUUUUGUGGACCUUUCUACAGGGGAGGAUGUUCACAAAUUAAUUGACUUUCUUAAACUGAAAAGAAACCAGCAAGAUGAUGACUGAAGUAUCAGGAAGCAUUACAUUGAAUUACAAGCAAGAAAUGUGACAAAAGCUAUAUUUAGCAUAACUAUUAAGCUAUGAAUUUAAAGAAAACCUGUUUUUCAUAGUCAGUGAAAGAACUGAAUAGCUGUUCAAGCUAUGUCUGUUGGUUUAUAUUAAAGUAUAGAAAAGUUUUAUCAGAGGAACCUGAAAGGUCACAGUGAGUUCUUGCUGGAUUCCAAGUUAAGUGCUUGUGUCACAAGCAACAAUCAGAGUGCGCCUGAGCAACUGCUUUCCCAUCUCAAUGUGAAGAUUGAUGCCAUUGCAGUAUACCAUUGGACUCCUCAGUGAUAAAGGUGACAACACUUGUGCAGUGAAAACGUCAACCAUUCUCUGAAUUUAGGUACAGUUUUGCUUAAAAUCUAGUACAUUCCUUUCUUCCCAUAUGAUUAUACUAUCUUUCUGUAGUAACCCUAUAAAAUUGUAAAUUGUUUUGGGAGCAAUUUUCAUCCUUUUUUUUUCUUUCUUCUUUUUUCUUAACAUAAAAGAGUGGAUUUAACCAA